CCCAUUCUCUCGGAUCGUUUGGAGCCUCUCGGUCUGCGGAGGGACUUCGGUUCCCUCUGUAUUUUGUACCGUAUGUUCCAUGGGGAGUGCUCUGAGGAAUUGUUCGAGAUGAUACCGGCAUCUCGUUUUUACCAUCGCACCGCCCGCCACCGGAAUAGAGUUCAUCCAUACUACCUGGAGCCACUGCGGUCAUCCGCAGUGCGUUUCCAGAGAUCUUUUUUGCCACGUACCAUCCGGCUAUGGAAUGAGCUCCCUUCCACGGUGUUUCCCGAGCGCUAUGACAUGUCCUUCUUCAAACGAGGCUUGUGGAGAGUAUUAAGCGGUAGGCAGCGGCUUGGCUCUGCCCCUGGCAUUGCUGAAGUCCAUGGGCGACGGUAACCACUCAUCAUCAGGUGGGCCGUAUGCUCGUCUGCCUACAAGGGCAAUAAAAAAAAAAAAAAAUAUGCAUUUGAAAAAUAAAGUUUUUGUUUUUUUUUAUCAUCGAUUUUAAUAUCUGUCAGAUUUCCAAAAGCUAUACACAAGUUUGAUCUAGCAAUUCACCUAAUUAAGUUAGUACUUAAACCAUAGAUUACGUACCUACAUUACACAAUAAGAUUAAGCAAACAUCUAUGACUAGUGGCUGCUUGUAUUUGUUUGUACAUCAAUUCUCGCGCAAAUAUUUGCUCCUUAUUUCAUUGGGCAGGACCAAAUCUACUCAACCUGCAGUCGUGAAGAUAUAUUAAAUAACCUGUGGACCAUGAAAUGACAGUCCGGUUUCGUUCACGACAAGUGUCGGACGUACAAUGGAUACUUCUAAUUCAGUGACAUCUACAUAUACCUAAAAACAUUGGUGACUAAAACUCCUUUUAAUAAUUAUUCCAUCCGGAACAUAAUUUUGAUUAUACGAACUAAUUGCUUCAAAUUAUUUAUUCGUCAUGAUGGCUGUGAAAUGGAAGCCUCUGUUGAGCGCAGUGCCGUGUGUUUUGUUUUUUUCUACUUUGUUCCCGCUGAACGGUGCUAAAUUUCCGAAUGUUUAUCCACGAGUGAAGCUGGACGCUCGACCUAAUGACUCGGCCGGGGAUCCUCUCAUGCUGACGCCGUUUCUCAAAAACGAGUCCAUAGCCCUCGCCCAGGAACUAUCAAGAGUGUCAUUGACGGAAACACUUGGGAUCGAGAGUCACGCGGGAUUCUUUACAGUUGACGAGAAGUUCAAUUCAAAUAUGUACUUUUGGUAUUUCCCGCCUUUAUCGAAGAACGAAGCUGCACCGGUUUUGCUGUGGCUGCAAGGAGGUCCCGGGGCCAGCUCCUUAUUCGGGCUCUUUACGGAAGUCGGGCCGCUGAUCGCAAGCAAGGACGGUUUUGCCAAAAGAGAGUAUCAUUGGGCUAAGAACUAUCACCUGAUUUUCAUCGACAACCCCGUGGGGACCGGCUUCAGUUUCACCGAUAAAGAUGAAGGUUACUGCACCGAUGAGACGUGUAUCGCUAAAGGACUCUUCGCAGCAAUGGACCAGUUCUUCACUUUGUUCCCGAAUUUGAGGGCGAAUGAUUUCUACAUAGCCGGUGAGUCAUACGCCGGUAAAUACAUUCCGGCGUUCGGGUUGUACGUUCACAAUCUUAAUCAGGAAUCGAAGAGAAUCAAUUUGAAGGGCAUGGCCAUCGGAAACGGCUACUGCGACCCCCUUCAUCAGCUCGACUACGGUGACUAUCUGUACCAGCACGGUCUGAUAGACGACAACCAACUGAAAACGUUUUUAAAAUAUCAACUCGAAAUUUCGACUCGUAUCAAGAAAGGAGAAUAUUCAACGGCCGCGUAUUUGCUCGAUGAACUGUUUGAUGGUGAAAUGACCAAGAAUUCAAUGUUUAAAACUUAUACGGGAUUUGAGAAUUCAUAUAAUUUUCUGAUAAGCAAGGAGGAAGAUGAUAUGACUAUUUACGCGGAUUUGUUGAAGGAUGACACCGUGCGACGCGGCGUGCACGUCGGAGGCCUGGCCUUCAACGACGGCCUGCAAGUGCUGACCAGUUUGGUGGACGAUCUGACGCGGUCCGUCGCCCCGCUGCUAGCCAAACUGCUCUCUCACUACCCGAUCAUGUUCUAUAGCGGACAGCUGGACAUCAUUGUCGCGUACCCUCUGACGGAAAAAUUCCUCGCUAACUUGAACUUCUCCGCUGUGGUCGAGUACAAGUUUGCCCCGAGGAACAUCUGGAGAGUGGACGGCGACGUCGCUGGUUACGUCAGGAAGGCCGGCAACCUGACCGAGGUGUUGGUUCGGAACGCAGGCCACAUGGUGCCGCGGGACCAGCCUAAAUGGGCCUUCGAACUAAUAACGCAGUUCAUCAGUAAAAUUUUGUAAAUAUUUCAGCAAGAUUAUUUAGCUUGUAAUUCAAUGUUAGAACAAACACAAAAUUAAAAAGUUGCAAAUCCUU